GGUAGGGCUGGGGCGCAGGGGUCACGCCGCCGGGUGACUGGUGCCCCAGACUCCAGCCCGGACCCUGGCCUGACUGCCCAGGGAGCAAGGGGGCUGCCACAGGCGGUGCUGACGCCGACUCAGGCCGGAAAGGGGAAGGGGCGCAACGAGUCCUUGAGGGCUUCUCCCCUUCCCCCACCGCCCCCGUAGGGCCUCCAGGCUGUGCCCACCCGGCUCCUGCACCCCUGCUGGCCUGGCCCUUGAGGGGGUGUGCAGCGGGCAGCCGGGCCUGGCGCAAGCUCUCUCCCGCAGAUGGAGGCGGUCGUCCUGAUCCCCUACGUGCUGGGCCUCCUGCUGCUGCCGCUGCUGGCCGUGGUGCUGUGCGUGCGAUGCCGUGAGCUGCCGGGGCCCUACGACAGCACAGCCGCCGAUAGCUUGACCCCGAGUAGCAUCGUGAUCAAACGCCCUCCCACACUCGCCACCUGGACACCAGCCACCGCCUACCCUCCUGUUACCUCCUACCCGCCCCUGAGCCAGCCGGACCUGCUUCCCAUCCCGAGGUCCCCGCAGCCCCCUGGGGGCUCCCACCGCAUGCCAUCCUGCCGGCAGGACUCCGAUGGCGCCAACAGCGUGGCGAGCUACGAGAAUGAGGGUGCGUCUGGGGCUCCAGCUGCACUGGUCGCAGGGAGGCUGGGGCCUGGGCCGGGCCCUGCUGAUCGCUGUGUCGUUACCUCAGAGCCCUGUGAGGACGACGAUGAAGACGAGGAGGAGGAUUAUCCCAACGAGGGCUACUUGGAGGUGCUUCCCGACAGCACACCAGCCACCAGCACUGCUGUCCCGCCAGCUCCCGCGCCCGGCAACCCCGGCCUCCGAGACAGCGCCUUCUCCAUGGAGUCGGCGGAGGAUUAUGUGAAUGUCCCUGACAGUGAGGAGAGCGCAGACGUGUCUCUGGAUGGGAGCCGGGAGUACGUGAAUGUGUCCCAGGAGCUGCCGCCUGUGGCCAGGACCGAGACUGCCAUCCUGAGCUCCCCGGAGGUGGACGACGACGAGGAAGAGGGACUUCCGGAUUAUGAGAACCUGCAGGGGCUUAACUGAGGGUCCGGUGAGAGGCCCUGCCGACCCCUCCCCGGUCCCUCAGCCCUCAGACUCCUCCGGGAACCCCCUGACCCCCACUGACCUCCUGACCUCGCAGCCCCUCCCUCUCCGGCCCUGUUGUUUCAGUGCGAGCCCGUGCCCGUCCUGGAAGCAGCUUGGCCGGGAGUGCCGUGCUGGGCAGCUGGCAGUGGGCCUGGGGGGGGCCUCCCUGACACCCCCACCCUGACUCCCGCCAGAGAACAGUCUGAGAAUCUCCCCCCUAACUUAUUGUCACUUUGGGGUCCAGUCUGUGUGCCCCCAACACUCUGCACCUUCUGACACAGCCUGAGAAUGAACUACCCUGGCCCCAGCCCUAUUCUGCAGUAGAAUAAAGGCUGGUGUGGUCCGUACGCUCUUGCCUUUGGGGGGCUCGGGGGGUGGGAGUCCGAGUGAGGGUGCGCUGUGCCUGGGCGCCCGUGCGGGAGUGUCUGAGGGCACGCACGUGUGUGUGUGUGUGUGUGUGUGUCCAUCCUCCCUGGGGCCACCAUGCUCUUGUGGGUCCUGACCAGCUAAUGGGAGUGGCCGAGUGGUGCCUGCGGGGUGUGGGGGGCGCUUUUGUGUGAGGCGAGUGUGACCCAGGCUGACACUUGUGGGCUUCAAGGCUUCGAUGCAUCCCCCCCACGAGAUAGUCCACCGGACACACGGCCGACGAUGGCUGGGGGGAUGGGAGGGCAGGGCACGGGGAAGCCCUGGGCGCAGAGUGACCUGCAGCAAGACUGCUUCCUGCUGGCCCUCAGGUUCUCCAUCUUUGAAGCAGGGAGUGGACUUGACCCCAAGCUACUGAAAAGCAACGUGCAGUGCAGCCCUUCCGACUUGGGUGUGCGAUGACUCACCGGGAGGGCUUGCUGAAGUGCGGGCUCUGAACGAGUAGGGCUGGGCUGGGGUCCAAGAAUCUGCAUUUCAGAGGAACUGCCAGUGGUUCUGAUAGUGCCUUUCCGAGAACCAGACUUCAAGCACUUUCUGGCGGAUGCCUUGGUCAUUGUGAUUGGCUCUGGUCUGGGCGUGGGACCCAAUCCGGGCCACUGAAGACCCGCCCUGGGACUUGGGCCAGAAGCAACUGGAAGGAGAAGCUCUUUCGUUCAUGGCAGUUGGUAAACCGGCAGAAUAUAUUCCUGGAGGCCGUACUCAGAGAGCCUGCCCGAGAACGAAGCCGAUGUGGAGGAGAGAAUGGCCCAGAGGUGGACAGGGGGUCAGAAUUCCUGGGUCCAGUCACACCUGAAGUGAGACACCCCCUCAGACUUCCUAGUUACAGGGACCAAUAAAUUAUCGGUUGUCUUCA